AUGUCUGUCCCCGAGGCUCCGUCUAACAACCGAACUGUAGUUCUCGUUGGAAGAACGGGAGUAGGAAAAUCGGCCUGCGCAAACACUCUGGCGGGUGCCGAUCUAUUUGAAGAAAGCAAUUUGUCUGCGAGCCAGACGAAGCUUGUCAACAGCCAAACUAUUCGUGUGGAUCGCUCGGGUAAAGAAUACAAAGUGAAGAUUGUCGAUACAGUCGGUAUCGGUGACACCGAACUAUUGCCUGACGAAGUCUUGCAGCGACUCGUGUUCGCCUGCAACGAGUGCGUGGAAGGGAUCAAUUCCGUGUUUUUUAUCACAAAAGAUCGCUUUACCAAAGAAGAAGCAGAUGCGUGGGACGUUAUGUGGCAAGUUCUAUUUGGAGCAGAAGUCUUGGAGUAUACCAGCUUCAUCCGAACAAACUUUUUGCGUUUUCGAGAUUCGGUGGCAGUAGCAAACAACAAAGAGCAGUUACAGAAAACCAACAAAUAUGCAAAAAGAGUUUUGCCUAACGUUAAGUACUUUUUGCAUGAUGACAAUCCUCCUUCUGAGUACGACGGCAAAACUACUCGUGAAGAUUCACGGGAAAUUUUGCUUAAACAUCUGAUCGUCAAUUGUGCAAAAGUAUUCCAUCCGCCGGUUCUCCGUGAAAUCAAGGAAAGAAUUUCCGAGCAUGCAAAGGCACAUCAGGAUGCAAGAGAUAAGAUACGACAAUUGGAAGCUCGGCUGGAAGAAACUUCUAGUGAAAGAGAACAAUUAAGGAUUCGUGCAGGUCUAGCGCAGGCUAACAAUAAUACAGCAAUAGACAGGAAUCUUGUCAAUAGAGUACUAUUGACUGUUGUGGUGCGCCUUGUGCAGAGAGAAAGAGAACGACAGGAAAGAGAACAAGCUGAGAGGCAAGGAAUGUUUGAAUUGUUGUGUGGAGCAUGUAGUUGUUCAGUGAUGUGA